AUGACACCCUCUUCAGACAAAGAUAUCAACGGGCUAGGUAACCCCAGCUUUGCGGGUAAACAUGGGAGCCACUGCCAUUCUUCACCAGAACAUGGUGCCUGGGGCCCAGAGGAAGGUGGAGGCACUAGCCACAGUGGGACCAAGCUUGGCUACAGUGUCACAGAUGUGCCUCCCUGGUAUCUGUGCAUCCUGCUGGGCAUUCAGCACUUCUUGACAGCCAUAGGAGGUCUUGUAGCCGUCCCACUGAUGCUCUCCAAAGGCCUUUGCCUCCAGCAUGACCUACUGACCCAGAGCCACCUGAUCAGCACCAUCAUCUUUGUCUCAGGAAUUUGCACCCUGCUGCAAGUCCUCUUUGGAGUAAGGCUGCCUAUUAUUCAAGGAGGGACUUUAACAUUUCUGUCCCCCACCUUGGCAAUGCUGUCUCUCCCCAAUUGGAAGUGCCCUGACUGGACAAACAACGCCACCCUGGUGAAUGCGUCUUCACCAGAAUUCAUCCAAGUCUGGCAGACACGGAUGCGAGAGGUGCAAGGAACUAUCAUUGUAACUUCCUGUUUUCAAAUCUUCAUUGGAUUUUCUGGCCUGAUUGGAUUUCUGAUGAAGUUCAUUGGCCCCCUGACAAUUGCCCCCACUAUCACCUUGGUUGCACUACCUCUGUUUGAGUCGGCUGGAGAGAUGGCUGGGUACCAUUGGGGCAUAGCAUUCCUGACUAUUUUUUUCAUAGUUCUGUUCUCUCAGUACUUGAAACACGUUGCUGUGCCGCUGCCGUCUUACCAGAAAGGCAAAAAGUCCCACUCCUCUCCAAUCUACCUCUUCCAGAUCUUCCCGGUGCUGCUGGGGCUCUCCCUGAGCUGGCUGCUCUGCUACGUGCUGACAGUGACCAGCGUCCUGCCUGCGGCCCCCACUGCCUACGGCCACCUGGCCCGGACAGACAGCCGUGGGGACGUUCUGUCACAGGCUCCCUGGUUUCGGCUGCCUUACCCAGGCCAGUGGGGAACGCCAACGGUGAGCCUGGCCGGGGUCUUUGGCAUCCUAGCCGGCGUGAUUUCCUCCAUGCUGGAGUCCGUGGGAGAUUACUACGCCUGUGCCCGCCUGUGCGGGGCCCCGCCGCCGCCCAAGCACGCCAUCAGCCGCGGCAUCGGCAUGGAGGGCAUCGGCUGCCUCCUGGCCGGGGCCUGGGGCACGGGCAGCGGCACCACGUCCUACAGCGAGAAUGUGGGAGCCCUGGGCAUCACCAAGGUAGGGAGCCGAAUGGUGAUCAUUGCUGGUGCCUGUGCCAUGCUCCUGAGCGGCAUCUUCGGGAAGGUUGGGGCCAUCCUUGCCAGCAUUCCCAUCCCUGUGAUUGGAGGCAUGUUCCUUGUGAUGUUCGGAGUUAUCACGGCAGUGGGCAUUUCCAAUUUGCAGUUUACAGAUAUGAACUCCUCAAGAAACAUCUUUAUCUUUGGAUUUUCUCUAUUUGCUGGCCUCACAAUUCCCAACUGGGCAAGCAAAAAUAGUGCUUUGCUGGAAACAGGAAUCAUCCAGCUUGAUCAAGUGAUCCUGGUGCUUCUCACCACUGGCAUGUUUGUAGGUGGACUUCUGGGCUUUAUCCUGGAUAACACCAUUCCAGGAACACAGGAGGAGCGGGGGCUCCUGGCGUGGAAGCAAAGCCACAAGGGAGGGAUGGAGAGCUCUCAGCUCGUUUCCAAGGUCUAUGAUCUUCCAUUUGGCAUAGGCACCAGAUACUGCAAUGUCUCUUGGUUUCACUAUCUCCCUGCUUGCCCCAGAAAACUGUCUUGUGACAAGAGAAUGGAUGAACUGAAGGCUGCUGGGCAGAAAACCAGUGUUGAAGCAAGCUUAGAAAGAAACUCUGACAUUGGUACUGAUACAAGGAUAUAAGCACCCCGCCAGAAAAAGAACUCAUCUCAGAAACGGGUCUGAAAGUAUGUCUGCAGACCCUAUCAUCUGAGCAUGGGCUGGCAGCUGUUAGAGGGGGGAAGCAGGAAAAGGAUAAUAUCUUCCUCUUCCCAGCUCUGCUGACUGCACCACUGAUGGCCUUGAGGAAGUAAAUUUUUCCCUUCCCUAUUCCUGCCUGCUCACUUGUAGGAAGGACCUGAGCCCUCCUGGGGAACACCAAAGCCCAGGAAAUGCCUAGGAAAGAUUUUUUCUUUCUUUCUUGCACUGACCCUUGGGCACACUGUUCAGCUCAAGCAGAAAGGUUUCCUGUCCCCUG